AUGAAGGACAGUCGAAUGAGGGAGUCCGUCGAAGGCAUUGCUUACUUCCCGACCGAUUCCCCUCGGGCAUGGCUGACCUUGCUUAAACGAGUGUAUCCUCCUUACCGUCAGUUGGGGUUCGUAGAAGCUGUAGAAAUCAUAUCAUUGGUUGAUCGAUUACAGACCUCCUGGCUUUCACGAGAACUGCAAGAAGUCUUGUCUGAUGAAUCAUAUGGUGAACAGCGUACUCCUGGCAUCGCGGAUAUGUUGGCUGCGCAUGGCCUCUCCGAUGUUGUCGCCGCUUGGUUCAGUGAGAAGUAUUGGCCUGCACUCAAUGCGUGGCGAUGUGUCAGUGAAUGCAAGGAUGUUAAGGCACUCCGUCGCGCUGCAUUGUAUGUGUGCCAUGAGGCGGCGUCGAUGAAGUCGGAAGUAGAGCAGUUGAGGAAGACUCUACGUGAUGUUAAGAUGGAGUCUAGGGGACGACAAAACAGGAUAUCUAGGAUGAAGAGUGCCGGUGAAAUAUUCUAUUC